UUAUAUUGGUUUGAACUUUGCCGCUCACAACAUUGAACCGAGCUGUGCUGUUAGCACUGACACAUGAAAUACAGCAAGUUAUUAGAACAAGUUUACGAUUUUUUUAAUAAUCCUAAUAUAAAAUAUCAUGCCCCAACUACCAACUUCAACAGCCGAAGAAUAUGGCGCUGAAGAUGAAAUAAAGCUGUAUACCCAAGAAGAGGACGAAUGUAGUGAUACCUCAACUGUUGACGUUGUUAAUGAUAUUAAGGAUGACUUGUUAAAUGAAGAUGGACCAGAUACUAGAAAACCUAAUGAUGAUAUGUAUCAUGGUGACUCGAUGAGAUAUGGAAAAAGUGAAGUUGGUCAUGGGAUAUAUGGCAGCCCUGCCGCUGUUAUUGUGACACCACAAAAUAGAUAUUAUGAACAACACCAGUCAUAUCGUCAUGGCAAUACUGCAAACAGUCAACCUUAUGCAAAUCCAUUUAUUUCAACUCGUCCACCACUAUAUACUCGUGAUGAAAGACCUUAUUAUGAUCAUCCUUCUUGGCCUCUUACUCAGCCUGAUGGACCACCUCAAUAUCCUUUGCCAUAUGGAGCUAUGCAACAAAAAUAUUUUCGAUACCCUCCUGGUAUGGCAGGAAAUGUACCAUUUUAUAGUUCUGGUUAUCCUGUCAUGGCUGGAAGAUCUACAAAAGAAAUGAAAAGACCACAUGUUAAAAAACCAUUAAAUGCAUUUAUGCUUUAUAUGAAGGAACAAAGACCAAAAAUUGCUGCAGAAUUUACAUUGAAAGAAAGUGCAGCUAUAAACCAAAUACUUGGAAAGCGAUGGCAUGCUUUAGAGAAGACCGAGCAAGCUAAAUACUAUGAAAUGGCACGCAAGGAACGCGCCAUUCAUAUGCAGUUAUACCCGGGUUGGAGUGCUCGAGACAAUUACGCUCAAAUAGGAAGGAAAAAAAAACGCCCAAGAGAUAAAAAUGAAGAAAUGAAUCCAAAAAAAUGUCGUGCACGUUAUGGAUUAGAUCGACAAGAACAAUGGUGUAAGCCGUGUAGGAGAAAGAAAAAGUGUAUACGAUUUAUUAUCGGAGCCGACGGCGAAGCUACAGAAGUUCCGGAAAAGGAUCAGCGUGAUUCAGACUCCGAUGAUAACCAAGACAAAAGUGAUGAAAGCUUUUCUAAGGAACAUUUACACGGCUUAGCUAAUAUAACUACACUAUCAUCAGACAAUCAUGUAAAUAAUAACAAUACAAUACUAAUAGAUGAAAAUAUAAAAGACGAAAGGCACUCGACGCCGCCUACUUCAAAAUCUUCAUCUUUAGUAACGAACUCAAAUAGAGAUUUACCUCAAGUAUGUUCUUACUCUGAACGUACUUUACCAACGCUUCAGGCAAUUGAAACUAGAUAAACGCAUUUACUCUAAUUGUGUUGGAAUAAUUUGAGUAACAUAAAUAUGUUACUCUUCUGGUGCGCUUCGAACAUCAAGUUAUCCUUGAGCAUGAACAUCUCAUGAGUUUUGCUUGUAGAUAGAAAGUGACUAAUAUAUUUUUCAAGUUAUUGUGGCUAAUAUGCAUAAAUUAUUUGCCACCUAUAUGCAUAGAUUAUAUCGCGUCUAUUUACUUGCGUGUUUUAAUUUCUGAAUAAGUUAUUGGUGAGAUGUUUAAAAAAUGUUCCAGCUAAGAACAUUAGCGUUAAGAUAUUUAAGAAAGCUAUAUUUCUAUAAAUAAAUUCUAUUAAUAAACCUCAUUUAUAAAAUGCUUUAUUUUUUGUAAAUAUCAAUUAAACAUUUAA